CAUUCAAAAACAGCGAUCUGUUGUCAAUUCUUUAGGCUUAGAUCUUUAUAGUGAUAUAUAGUUUGUCAAGAUUCAUUUAAUCUAUUCGUAAACAUUGACACGUGCGAGUUUGAGGGGAGUUGAGGACGCAGGCGUCAGGGUGCAGGCUAACAGGUUUUAAUCAAAUCCUGAAAAGAAUUUAAAAAAUAAAUAAUGUCCUGCCACAUUUCCUCUCAUUUAACAUUCAUUGCUUUUAAAUACUAAGAAGUUCACAAACCCUAUAGUGGACUGUUCCCCUGCAUGUCUUACACUAUUUCUAUGUACCACUACUUCUGUGUAUUGCAAUGUAUUAUAUCUUAUCCAGGUAAAAGUGUGUUAUAGCGAGUGCUUGUCAGGUUGUGUGCUAAGGUACUAUGCUAACAUCAUUAUUUAUCAUUACAGGAGUGACUCAGGUGCAUUUAAGGGCCCCUCAUGAGGUCAGAACAGUGUUCCACACUGCUGAGAAAGUCAGGAGACACACUGAGUACCUGGUUUCUCCUCAUUUAACUAACUGCACCUGUGGGUCCAAGACUGACCAGCAGGACACAGGACACCUGUCACUUAGUUUGAGGGAGGCUCUUGAACGGUUUCGUCCAGAUUUCAUCUCUCACUCUCAGAAUCGGAUGCGACGAUUGGAACUGAGGGCCAGAGAGAGGCGGAGCUUACAAACAGCUGAAUUUAUCAUGGGCGUGGAGACAGCUAACUGUAGGCAGAACUGCUCCAAGCCACACCCACUUAGUGAUAACCUUUUCAAACCCAGGGACAGAGCCAUCUCAUGCAAGGAGAUGCAGUGGAGAUCCAGGCGGAUUUACAACAAACUCCCUGAGGUGGCCAAAAAGAAGGAGGAGGAGAGGAAGCGGCUGGUGUUGGAAACCAACAGACUGAGGGCAGAGGUGUUCAAAAAGAAAGUUUUGGAUCAGGUUCUUCAAAGACACGGUGACUGAGGGAAGUGCCAGUUCACAAGAUUCAUAUCCCCCUGCGUUCACCUUGCCUGAGGUAAAGAGCUGAAGACAAGGAAGACCUUUGCAGCUUCCUCCUGAGAGCAGAGCUUGGUUUCUGAUGCAUUGUUCCAAAUAUAAAACACCUUUUCUUGGACCUGGGGUGAAACCAUAUGACAUAAGAAUGCAUGACAAAUUGGGCUGUAUGAUAGGUAUUUUUGAAAAUGCAUUAUAAGAACAAGAUUCUAGACCUGGUUGGAGUCUGUUUUCUGUUGAGAAUAUGCUGUAAAAUAAAUACUACAGAAGACGGCAUGUAAAACAUAAAAAUGUAGUUUUAAAAUAUAUUUUACAUAUUUUUUUCCACCAGUGGAAAUGGGUUGACCUUAUCUAAAGUUUAAACAAUCUGAUGUUUAAACACCCCAUUACAAAGAUUUAUUACGUACAGCUUGUUCUACUAUUGAAAUGAUAGUAAUUUGGUUUUUAAAGAUCAUCAAUUAUGGUCUCAUAGUCUCAAGUAGUU